CAUGAAUAUAGUAAGAUAAGCUGGAAGUGAUGCCUCAUCAUUUCUUUUCAGAAGAACCAGCCACAAAACUCACAUCCUCUUGCACUAUGCAACUGUCAUUAGUAUUUUGUAUUUUAACUUUUGUGAGUAGGCCCAAGCUCAGCCUGAGUUUCACAGCCAUCAGAGUGAUGAGGCCAACUAGCCUAUCCGCCUGGUAAUUAACUCAUAGUGCUGUGUGGACACAGUUACAUUAGUGCAUGUGAGCCAACAUACUCUGCAAAGCAGAAUCCUGAUGAGGUUAUGUGGGGCCUCUGAGGGCAGUUAGCAGGUGUCUAUGAUUCCCAAGUGCCUGUCUGUUUAGAGCUUUACCCUCAGAGUCUCCUGAAGCAAGUGACUAUGGUGAGCUUCUAUAUCCAGCAGGCAGACCCUUGGCAGAAUGUGGAUGGUGUGGAUAUUGAUUUGAUCUGGUGUGUGAUGACUCUUUCUGUGACAAUGGCCAUCUGGGUUGCUGCUCCUGUACCAGUGAGCUGUGCUGCAUGGAAGGUUGUUGGUUGCACCCCAAGCCAGAGCAGUGCUAGCAGGAAGCCAUUGGCUUGGAUCAGGAAGCAAGCAGACCCACGCUCCUGCAAAGCUCAUCUGGGCUCCUACAUAAGUCUGGCUGAGCAGAGAUGUUUCUAGUGUUCCAAUAAAACCAGCCAGGCUGACUCAGAGCUGGGGAGAGAGGUAUCCUAGUGCUUUUAUAAACAGGAGCAGUCCGAUCUCUGCCCCUCCCCUAGCCCUGCUCCUGCUCCCUGUUAGCAGGGCCUCUGCUCCAGCCUGAUUUGCUCCUGAAGUAAGAACUACUCCUGUGCUAAGCUUGGCUCCUUGGGAAUGCUGAUGGAGUCUGCAGAUCCUGUCUGUUUUCAGGCCAACCCACAGACUUUGUUUAGCAAAGGAAUGUGAGACCUUAGUAUCGAAGGAAGAAAGCCAGUGAGCAGCCACAGAGACUAGAGAAAGCCAGAGAGAGAGAGAGAGAGAAGUGAAGAACCCUUCCUGAGACCUACCAAGCAGCUUUGUGAGGUCUGCUCUCUGUUUCAGAAUGAGCUGGGUGAGGAGGAUGCUGCCCAUUUGCUUUCUUCUGGCUGUUGCCUGUCUGCAGGGAAGCUUGCUGCUGGAGGCUGGACCAGGGGAGCCGCGAAAGCCCUUCUUUGAGAGGUUUAGGAGACUCGAGGAGCAGUUCCGUCGGUUCCAGGAGGUGACCCUGAUGCGUCUCCAGGGCAUUGCAGGGAACUACAACAUUUCCUACAACAUUGACACCCGGUUCCAGCACUUGGCAAAGCAGUACAGCGGGAUGGUGUCUGCCCUCAAUGAGUCCCACACUGCUCUGCAGGGAGACCUGGACCACUUGAAAAUCUGGAUGAAGAAGCUGCAAAAGAAAACCAGAAAACUGGAUUUGAAGAUCUCAUCCCUGGAAGAAUCUGUGAACAAACAAAGCCAGCAGAGGACUGGGGAGAAGCAGCAGCAAGUUGCCCACCUGACCAACCUCACACUGCAGGUCACAGGCCACAAGGAGGCCAUCAGCUCUCUGCAUGCCAGCAGCAGCAGUCUGCAGAAAGAGCUGGUGAACCUCCAGGAAGCCAGUCAGAGCCAGGCGACCAAACUGGGUGCUUUGGAGCAUCUGCUGCAAAGCACAGCACACAAGGAGGCACUUUCCCCUCAGCACCUGCCUGCCACUCAGCUCCUGAACCAGACUCCCCAGGGCAAGCAGCUGGAGGCAGAAGGAAGCCCGACACAGAGCCUGAAGAAGUUACACACCAAGCACAGACAGAGAAAGAAGCUGCAAGAGGAGAGGCAGCAGCUUCUGGCCCAGUCUGCAGGCACAGGGCUGCAAAGCAGCCUACUCCAUGAACAUGCAACCCCUCUGCGGCCAAGUGAACCAGAGCCACUGACCAGAAGAGAACCACAGGCUGCCAGGCAGCAGCUCUCCAGUGUAGUCAAGGUCUCACAAGAGCAGAAGCAGCCAUCAGCCCCCAAGAAGCCAGGGACAAUCUGCAAUGUGGGUUCAAUGCUGCUUUUCCCCAACGUUUCCAUCGAAAACUUUGCCACCUUGAUCCCAGGCUUCAAGGCCAGCCUCUAUGAACUGUCCCUUUGCAGCUGGGUGAGCACCCCCUCUUCCUACCUGGGCACUAUUCUGUCUUAUGCAAUGGAGGAGAAUGACAAUAAGCUGGUUUUGCAUGGCAGGAAUGCCAGGGUCCAUGGCUCCAUCCACUUCGUCAUUGGAGACCCAGCUUUCCGGGAGCUGCCCGUGGGACAAUUGUUGGACAGCAGGUGGCACCACCUGUGCAUCAUCUGGUCCUCUGUGCAGGGCCAGUACUGGUUUUAUGUGAACAGGAGGCUGGUAUCCAUGGGCUCCAAAUUCCAGAAGGGCUACGUGAUUCCUCCUGGUGGCUCACUCAUCCUGGGCCAGGAGCAAGAUGUAGUAGGUGGCGGGUUUGACCCCUCAGAAGCCUUUGUAGGACAUUUGGCUGGCUUAGCCAUCUGGAACCGUGCACUCUCACCUGGGGAGGUCUCUGGUAUUGCCACAGGGAAGGGCCUGCCCCAUGGCAUCAUCUUGACGCUAGCUGACAUCUCUCUGCAUGGAGGAGUGCAGAAGGUGAAUUGCACUUGCCUGGAGCAUUGUUUGUAAACAAAGCCCUCCCUGCCCCAGGCUGUACCUAACAUACAUGAAUCACAUGCAGCCCAGGAUGCCCACCACCAGGUAGUUACUGACACUGGUUUGUAGUGCCAGGAAAACUCUGACUGACCUUCUGGGCCAUUUCUUUCAUGAGGUAGGGAGUGGGACCAGGCUUAUUGUGACCCAGCCACAGGGCUGCCAAUUCAAGUGUUUUUACUGACAAUCUGCAAACUUUUUAUUAACAAACUUUUUUUACUGACUUCUGUUUUAUAUAAUAAAAAUGUAACCCUUCUGCCAGGCCCUGGGCAGCAAUAACAAGGGGGUUCACAUUUGGGGUUUAACACCAACUUUCUAAACUUGGCUCAAGGUCCUACCCAGAAACUUGGUAAAAUAAAUUGUAACUAUGUUCUAAAGUGAAGAAAAGUCCCUAUUUGCAAGAGACAUUCAGCUAAAAGAGGGUUUUACUGCAGGGGAAAAAGAGAUAAAUGCACAACCUUAGAGAAAACCUUAACCAUUAAACAUUAAGUAAAAACCAAACAGUUAAUCAAGGGAGCAGGCACCCAGGACUGCCUCACUGCUGACGUGGCCCCACCUAUGUCUGUUCACAGAGGGCUCUGCCCCACGUGCUCAGCAUCCACCAUCCCAUACCAUGCAGACUCCACUACCUACCUAUACUCACUCCUUGUUCAGCAGUGGCACGCUGGAGUCCCAGAGGCUCCCUGCCAGUGACAUCAGGCCUCUCUGAACGUCUGGCUCUGGAUCAGAGCUGUCUCUGAGCUGGUCGUGCCACCUGGCACCAGGUCCUGCUCAGCUGCCUUUGUCAUUGUGGCAAGCAGUCAUUGGGUCUGUAAACAAGUGUUACAGUACCACUGUCAGGAUCAGGGUGUGUGGUCUUGUGGCUGCAGAGGCCCUGGUUAGUCCUGGCAGUCCUGGGGCAGGUGGGACUGGGCAACAUGAGCCCACAUUGCCACCCAGCCUGGUCAGACCUGUGUUGCCCUUGAACAGCUGGCAGGAGGCUUCCACCUCCUGCAUGCAUGCCCUCAUUUGGUGCCCACACCUGCAGUCCUGUUCCUGGGGGCUUCAUGGGCACCUCCCUAUCAUUGGGGAAGCAGCUAUAGAGUGAUUCAAUCCAGAAGGGCUUAAGCUCCAGUCCUGGGGAUCAUCCAGGCCUGGUCCCCACCUCCUCUACCAGCACAAUACCAGGGCUCUGGCCCCCAGCAGCACUUCAGGCCCCAGCACCAGCUGCUCCAGGAGCUGGCACUCAGGAACAGGUAUAAAUAUGGCAGCAGACACCUGAGUCAUAAGUACCAGCCUGUACCAAC